CGCAUCGUAACAAGUGUCGUGAAAAUCUCUGCGUGUGUAGUGUAGAUGGUUACAUUGUCUCUGUCCUGUAAAAAAAAGAGGUUCAAGAACGUUUGUUGUGACGAUCGAUUUCAGAUCUCAUUUGUGUAUUCGAUACAGGCGUUUGAGAAGAGACCAGUGUAAAAACAUAAUUGACGAACACUAAACAACGAAACGAAAACAAAAUGACGGCACAGAACGUCACAACCUCAUCAGCCGAUGUGACGACGAUGAUAAAGGCGGAUGAAUACCUUCAAUCACUGAAUGACGAGUUCGCGCUGACGAUUAUCUCUGCUAUAGUCUUCCUGGCCGCCAUCUUGGUCGUCGGUUUCGUCGGUAACAUUAUCGUCUGCUACAUCUACCUGGCGAAGUUCAAGGUCAGCACUACGCGCUGUUUCGUCGUGACCCUCGCGCUCUUUGACCUUCUGACCUGCUGCAUCGCGAUUCCUGGAGAACUCGUGGACAUGCGAGAGAACUACACUUUGAGAAACGUUGGCAUGUGUAAGAUCUUACGGUUCUGUAACAGUUUUUCGACCGUCGGAUCUGGAGCAGUCCUUCUCGCCAUCGCUGUGGACAGAUACAGGAAAAUCUGCAAACCUCUGUCGAAACAGAUGACCAUACGUCUGGCGCAGGUCGGCAUUGGUCUCGGUUGUCUGUUUUCGUUGUGCGUAUCCUGGCCGGCACUAGUUCUCUAUGGAUCCAGGACGGCGACUACAAAGUAUUCCUAUAUCAACGGUACUGACUGCUCCACACAGGACCAGUUUAUGGGGACACUUUACCCACUCGUGUAUAACGGAGUCCAGUUCGUGAUAUUCGCCGUUUCGACGUGUGUUCUCGUUAUUCUAUAUGCGCAUAUAUGGCGCACAGUUUCAAAACACGUGGAGCUGAGUAAAAAUCGGGUGUCGUUCAGUGUCGGCAAACAGCAACAGAGGGUUCGCGUUACUUUAGGGAAAACGAGUAGCACUUCGGCUUCCGACUUGUCGGCACCGGUGACGAAAGACUCGGAGAUAACCAAUGACGUUAAGCGUACCACAACCAUGCGAUUUUCAAAGCCAACCGCGAACACCGUUACAACAGAAUCUGACAGCAGUCAGCAGAAGCGGACAUCGAUGAAGACUGGACGUUCGGCGAGGCGUAGGAAAUCCACGCGAGAACAGCAAGCCAGAAAAACGACGUUCAUGCUGUUUCUGAUCACGCUGGUGUUCGUGCUCAGCUUUCUGCCCCACCUGGGACUGAUGGCGGCUCGAGGGAUCCACAAAGUCAUGUUCGACAGCUUGAGUCCAGGGGCGACCGCUGCCUACAACUUCUUCCUGAGGUCUUACUUCAUCAACAGCGCAUCCAACCCCAUCAUUUACGGCUUCUGCAAUAUGCAGUUCAGGAUGGAGUUGAAGACACUAUUGGGGAAAGUGUGUCGUAAAACAUAGACAUGAAUUAUUGGAUAAGAACAAACCACUCGAAAAGCGUCCUCAUCUGACAUCAGGGGGUAUCCUUUUGUCUAUAGACAUCAACAGUUGUGUUUGCUCUUUGUCUUUAUUUAAUGCCCAAUUGUUGAAGGGGCUGUCCUGGAUUUGGUGUCAUGGUAACGAGUUUAACCUUCUGACUACUGCAUCAUGGAUUACGUAUGCAUUACGGACAAAUGCAAUUCAAGGACGUUCGCCAUGUCUGUCAUCAAAGACAUAUUACACAGAAAGGUUCAAGGCCACGAACACAAACCAUUAAAGGGACAUUCCUCAGUUUGAUGCAUUGUAAGAUGUUUUCGACUAAUAAAAUAUUUCUACGAUUAAACUUACAUAUCAAAUAUAUUUUCUGGUUUAGAAUAUCAGUGUCUGU